CUCUCUGCGCCCACACGCGCACUGCGGGGCUGGGAAGGCUGAGCGCGCUGCCCCUCGCCGCUGCCGGGAGGCGGUGUCGCCGCCGCCGCCGCCGCCAGCGCUCGCCAGGUCGGGAAGCCGCGUGCGGCGGGUCAGUGCUGCGGGGAUCCGCAAGCGGAGGGGCCGCCGCAGCCCUCUCCCCUCUCCUUCUGCCGCCGGGCCAGGGGAAGGCGCCGCGGCGCGCAGGGCUCUGCAGAGGCUGCGAGCGAGCGAGCGAGCAAGAGAGAGAGGAAGCAACUGCGCUGCACCAACAACUCCCGCCUGCGACUGGCCAGCCCUCCCCUCCGCCGUGUUCCUUCCAGCUGCGAAGGAGCCCCCUUUUACACACACGCACGCACACGCACACAGGGCGGGGGACUAAGGAGUGAACGAGGAUCCCCACUUUGGGGCACCGCGGGAUCCCUCGCCCGGGGGCAGCGAUGACGCGUCUGAGCUGGUGUUUCGCUUCCUUGAUCCGCUGGGGGAAAUACUUCUUCUCGUGCUUCUUGCCCCUGCGAUUCUGUAUGCACCGGGAGCCAGAGGACCUUGAAGCUUCUACAUCCCACAUAUUCAAGGUGAAGACCUUCAAGAAAGUGAAACCAUGUGGAAUAUGUCGACAGGCCAUUACCCGGGAGGGUAGCACCUGCCGAGGUUGCAACCUCUCCUGUCACAAGAAAUGUGAAGCCAAGGCUGCCACGCCUUGCACGCCUUCAGGCAAUAAUGAAUUGCCAUCUACUGAGGAGAGUCCUGCAAAGCAUGUAGACACCCCGGUGUCCUCGUGCUCAAAAUCCCCCAAAAUUGUGCAGUCACAACGUAAGACCUCAAGGAGCUUGAGCCUGAAUCAGACCAUGGAGGACACUUGUGAAUUAGACCUGGUGUAUGUCACUGAGCGAAUAAUUGCUGUCAACUUUGCAAGUUCUUCAGAAGAGCAGACCUUCUGCAGCAACCUGAAGGAAGUCGCACAGAUGCUUAAAUCCAAGCAUGGGGACAGUUACUUGCUUUUAAACCUGUCAGAAAAAAGGCAUGACAUCAGCAAGCUCCACUCCAAGGUGCUGGAUUUUGGAUGGCCUGAUUUGCACACACCUGCCCUGGAGAAGAUAUGCAGUGUCUGUAAAGCCAUGGAUACGUGGCUCAAUGCUGAUCCUCACAAUGUUGUGGUUCUUCACAAUAAGGGGAACAGAGGCCGAAUGGGGGUUGUUAUUGCUGCAUACAUGCACUACAGCAACAUUUCAGCCAGUGCGGACCAAGCUCUUGACAGGUUUGCCAUGAAGAGGUUCUAUGAAGACAAGGUGAUUCCAGUGGGACAACCAUCUCAGAAGAGAUAUGUCCAUUACUUCAGUGGUCUGUUAUCUGGCACCAUCAAAAUGAACAACAAGCCCCUUUUUCUGCACCAUGUCAUCAUGCAUGGAAUUCCCAACUUUGAGUCAAAAGGAGGAUGCCGGCCCUUCCUCAAGAUAUACCAGGCUAUGCAGCCUGUCUACACAUCUGGAAUAUACAAUGUGCAAGGAGACAGCCAGACCAGCAUCUGCAUCACUAUAGAACCUGGACUGCUCCUGAAGGGAGAUAUCUUGUUGAAAUGUUAUCACAAAAAGUUUCGGAACCCAACCCGGGAUGUGAUCUUUCGAGUGCAGUUUCACACUUGUGCUAUUCAUGACCUGGCCAUUGUCUUUAACAAGGAGGAUUUGGAUGAUGCUUUUAAAGAUGAACGUUUUCCAGAGUAUGGGAAAGUGGAGUUUGUGUUUUCCUAUGGCCCAGAGAAGAUUCAAGGCAUGGAACAUCUUGAGAAUGGUCCCAGUGUUUCUGUAGACUACAACACCUCAGAUCCACUCAUCCGCUGGGACUCCUAUGAAAACUUCAACAUGCGCCAUGAAGACAGCUUGGAGGAGGUUGGGCACACACAAGGACCUCUGGAUGGGAGCCUAUAUGCUAAGGUGAAAAAGAAAGACUCACUCCACGGCAGCACUGGCGCUGUCAACACCAAUCGCAUUACACUCUCAGCAGCCCCUAAUCAUAUCGAACACACACUCUCCGUCAGCAGCGAUUCGGGCAACUCCACUGCUUCCACCAAGACUGACAAGACUGAUGAACAGGCAGUACCUGCAGUCCCCAGCAGCAGUGGAGGAAACAAUCCUAUUUUGACCCCUGAGGAGAAGCGGGAGCUUGAGAGCUUGCUCAGUGGUUUUGGUUUGGAAAACGAAGCUACCAUGCACAACCACAACCCCAGCGGAGGAGCGGUCGUGACCUCCACUGGACGCCAUGUUGUACCUGCUCAGGUGCAUGUUAAUGGGGAAGCUGCAAGCUUGGUAGCUGAGAGGGAAACAGACAUUUUGGAUGAUGAGUUGCCCAUCCAGGAUGGGCACAGUGUGGGCAGUCUGGGCACUCUCUCAUCUUUUGAUGGCACCACCAACACUAGUGACAUGGGCUAUCAUGAGGCCCCUCGGAUGGCGAGUCUCUCCUCUUUACCCAAUGGUUCAUCCAAUUUCAAUGGUAUAGACAAACUGCAUGAUUCAGAGACAGUUAUUAAUGGUGGCUACCCUUACAACAAUCAGAAUACCUUGCGGAGCAUGAUGGGGCGUCACCCUCAGGAUCCAUAUGGUCACAUUCGACCUUCAAUGUCUGCCCAGGAAAACUUGGCAGACUAUUACCAGCAUGGUUUUCCAACUCCUGGCUGGCUACAACCCCAGUCACUAGCAUCUACCCAGCAAUAUCCCUAUGGCUAUGACCCAAAUAGCAUAUAUCGUUCCCAAACCUUUCCCACAGCUACCACUGAGAUCCCUCAACUUCCUCAAGCACCUGCACGGAGCAUGAGUAGUCGAGAAGCUGUACAGAGGGGACUGAACUCAUGGCAGCAGCAAAGUGGAAGCAGACCACCAUCCCGUCCACAAGAUGGUGCCCUAGAAAGCCUAAGCCCCAGUGUCUCAAGUUCAAGCCCUCAGCCUAGCCCCUUACAAACAGCACCACCCCAAAGCAUCAGUAUCCCCGAAUUCCCCAGAUUGGCAUCCCAGAAGGAAAUAGAGCAGUCAAUUGAGGCCCUCAACAUGCUUAUGCUUGACCUGGACCCCUCUGUCUCUAUGAUGCAAAAAUCUCAGAGUGUUCCAGUAGCCUGUAGAAAUGACAGGCCAUGCCCAAUGGCUCUCUCCAUGUCUGCCCAGCCUGUGACUGGUCCUCAAGUGGUGCAACCAAGGUCUACCAAUGCUUUUGGCCCUAUUCCAGGAAGCCCUACAAACAUUUCCACUGACAUCAUUGUGCCCCAGCUCCCUGAACCUGCACCUAAAGCUCCUCCCAGAAGACUGCUGCUCCAAAAUACUGGAGAGCAGGAAUAUCCGGCACAGGAUUACAGGGAGCCCUACUUGCCCUAUGCCUAUCAGAACCAACAGCCAAGUGUAAUACAAGCAGGGAGUUAUGGUCAAGCUGUGGAAAGUCCUCCUACAUCUCCCAGGUCUCAUGUGAUGGCAUACAAGCUCAUGGAAGGGCAGCAUCCCCUGCUUACAUCCCCUGUAUCCCCAACAAUGGUGGAAGCCCAAAUACCAGCAAAAGAUGCAGAAAAUAAUGGAGAACUUUCUCAGCCCUCAGAGGAAGAACCUUUGCACCUUGAAGGGCUGGUGGCCCAUAGGGUAGCAGAGUACAACGCCAAACUCCGGGACAUCCGGAAGAGCAUGAAAAGCCCCCAUCCUCCUCUUCACCGACAGCGAUCCUUCUCCUUUUCUGGAGUGCAAUCACCAAGGGAGAAGUCACCAGAAGAAACUGAAGGCCCUGUGCGGAGACGGACUACCAGUGAAGGCCAGUAUGAGAACAGCCCUGAGGACCCCCGUUCGCCAAGAAGCCCUACUGCUCGCUCUCCAGUUCACUGUGUCUCCCCAGAGGUGGUCAGCACCAUCUCUGCCAAUCCUGGAGGAAGACCAAAGGAGCCCCAUCUCCACAGCUACAAGGAGGCCUUUGAAGAAAUGCAGGGGACCUCUCCAAGCAGCCCACCUUCGAGUGGUGGUGAGACCUCUCCCCCAACCCCUGCCUUUCCUGUCUCACCACAAACCCCUUACAGUAACCUGUUGCGUUCUCCACCGGGUCUGGCCAAAACCCCACUCUCAGCACUAGGCCUGAAACCCCACAACCCAGCUGAAAUCUUACUGCAGCAGACAGGAGAAGUAGAUGGGGAAACAGUAGUUGAAUCUUAUGAAGAGCCCCGGAGUUAUGUGGAAUCUGUGGCUCGUACAGCAGUAAUAGGUGGUGGCAGCAGCACUAACGGGAAGCCCCGGGUAUCCCCAGCUCCACAGCCUUACAACACUGAGGCACCAUUAAGGGAUGGGUCCUUUGCUAACUCCUUCACUUCUUCAAGUCCUGUUGCUGCUAGUAGCCCCAUGCACAGCACUGAUGGGAUCUCUAUACGUUCAUACCCUUCAGAGAACAGUACUCACAGCAUGGCCACGCCUCAGCCCUCCGCUGAAUCUAGUUUCCAAUCCACCAAUCUUUCUCAGGCACCAUCAGUGCAUAGCAGCUACCAAAAUACCUCUUCUUCAAGUCAGGGCCUCCCAGCCUAUGUGAGUGCUGACUUUCCUGAAGGCCGAGCCAGCUCUCAGCAAGAUAGCUACACAAGGCCUCAACCCCAAGUCAUUGUGGCUGGAACCUUACCUGAAAGCCCCCAGUCACUCCAUAGAACAGUAGCUACAAAUACACCAGGUAGCCCAGGUUUUGGGCGAAGAGCUGUUAACACCAACAUGGUGGUCACCCCUGGAAGUCCAAAUGUGAAUAGGCACUUGAUGGGUACCCAUGGCAACCUUGUUGCAACACCAGGGAGCCCAAGCCUUACUCGGCACCAGCCUAUAAUGGGAGGCACUACAUCUGCAGUCUCGGGGAGUCCCAGCUUGGAUCGACACAUUAUAUAUGGGUACCCGGCCCCAGAGGAGAAGCGUCCAACACUGUCCCGCCAAAGCAGUGCCUCAGGUUUCCAAGCCCCCUCUACCCCAUCUUUCCCUGUCUCCCCAGCUUACUACCAUGGAAUUAGCAGUCCACACUCCUCUUCCCCUGACUCAGCAAUAUACAGGCAGGGCAGCCCUACCCCACCCCAACCAGUGCUGCCAGAGAAGAGAAGAAUGUCAUCAGGAGAUCGAUCAAAUAGCUUGCCUAACUAUGCCACAGUGAAUGGCAAGACCUCUUCACCCAUCUCCAGUGGUAUGUCUAGUCCCAGCAGUGGGAGCAGCAUGGCCUUUCAUCACACUCUACCAGAUUUCUCCAAAUUUUCAAUGCCUGACAGCAGCCCUGAGACACGAGCUAAUGUGAAGUUUGUCCAGGAUACCUCCAAGUACUGGUAUAAACCAGAGAUCUCCAGAGAACAAGCUAUUACGUUGCUGAAAGACAAGGAACCGGGGGCUUUCAUCAUUCGAGACAGCCACUCUUUCCGGGGAGCCUAUGGACUGGCCAUGAAGGUUGCUUCUCCGCCUCCUGGUGUAGUGCAACAGAGCAAGAAAGGAGAUAUCACCAAUGAGCUAGUAAGACACUUCUUGAUAGAAACCAGCCCCAAAGGGGUGAAAUUAAAAGGAUGUCCUAACGAGCCAAACUUUGGUUGCCUGUCAGCCCUGGUGUACCAGCACUCCAUUAUGCCUCUGGCUUUGCCUUGUAAGUUGGUCAUUCCUGACAGAGAUCCCAUGGAUGAAACAAAAGAGACAACUUCAUCAAGCAACUCAGCGACAGACUUGUUCAAGCAGGGAGCAGCCUGCAAUGUACUCUUUAUCAACUCGGUGGAGAUGGAAUCAUUAACAGGUCCACAGGCCAUUGCCAAAGCUAUCACUGAGACAUUGGCUGCUGACACACCACCUUCUGCUACUAUUGUCCAUUUCAAAGUUUCGACACAAGGAAUCACCUUGACAGACAACCAGAGAAAGCUGUUUUUCAGACGACAUUAUCCCAUAAACACUGUCACCUUUUGUGAUGUGGAUCCACAGGAAAGAAAGUGGACUAAGUCGGAUGGUGGUGGCGCUGCAAAACUCUUUGGCUUUGUAGCCAGGAAGCAAGGCAGCACAACAGACAACGUCUGCCACCUCUUUGCUGAGCUGGAUCCCGAUCAGCCGGCUGCGGCCAUUGUCAACUUUGUUUCCAGGGUCAUGCUUGGUUCCUCUCAGAAGAGAUGAACUGCUGCCUUUCCCCCUGUAGGGGGCUUCUUGCCCUUGAAUUUUGAAGAAGGACUUGGAGCUGUUCCGAGAAAGCGUGCAAGCAAGUGCAUUGUGAGAGGGGGAAGUGAACUGAUGGCGGGGAAAAGAAAAAAAAAUAGCCUGAAUUGUUGGAAGGCCCAAGCCAACCAAACGUACGUACAUAAACAGAAACCAAGGAACUGACACCGUCACCUUUCCUGCCAAGUUCAAGAGUUGGAGACAAUUUUGGAUCAGCAUGAAAUCAGAGAAUUCAGCCCCACAGGCCAAAGCACGGAUCUUAUUAACCUAUGUGGGGUGGGAGUAUAUAGUAGUUGCUUGUUUAGAAAAUAAGGCAAACAAUACAUGAAUAACUGAGCUGCAGGAAUCACACUGAGAGACAUACCAAGCAAGCAAUCAUUGAUACUCAUUUCCAAGAGUAAUUGCUCCCAACUCCUCAACUGCUGAAUGUAUGAAGUAUAUGUGUGUGCGUGUCUCUCUGUGUGUGUGGCGUAUGCAUUUUGUGUGAUAUGCACAUGUCCUGAUUCAUAUCUGUGGAAAUCUGCAGUUUAGGGUUACAACUCUGAAUGUUGAGUGGUUAUUCAGAACUUCAUCUAUCAAUUGCCCAGGUUCUCCUCUUCUUCCAAAGGAAAAGAGCCUCCAUCGCCCCAGAUAGAGGAGAAGUCUCAUGAGCAGCAGCUAGUAGUGCAAUAUCUACUACAGGUGGGAAGUUCUCAUUUUUACGAGUAGAAUAACACACACAUGCACACUCCAUACACAUGUACAUGCAUGUAUACAUAUAAAAUUGUACACAGAGUUAAAUAGCUAGGAGGCUCUCCUUAGCUAAUUUCAGGAGCAUGCUAUCCAAAGCAAAAUAAUAUCUUCUGGUCUCUAUGCAAUGAGGUCUAUGGCAGGUCAAAAAAGCUGUUCCAUGACCUCCUGCCCCUAAAAUGUUAAAAUACCAGCAGUUUCGGAAUGCCAUUCCUUUCCUGUAUAAGGCGAAAGUGGCCCUGCCUAGGUUUAUUCCGUCUCCUUUUGGAGACAUGCACGUGAUUUUGUAUGUUGCAUGGAAAUUAUUUAGUUGUGCAAAAGGCAAGAUGAAUGACCUGAUAAUGGGGAGGGGUUAUCUUUGUUUUGAAGCCAUUAAGAAAAUUUUAAAAGACCCAAGUAAGUAAGUAAGUUUUGGCUUAAGCAUGGCCACAUCUGUUCCAAAAAUCAUUGGCCAGAUUUGACUUAUCUGCCCACUGGAGGUUCAGCAUUCAGUAUAUAGCAAAGUUAGUUCAUGAUUUUAACUUUUUAAAGCUUUGCUUCUCCAUGCAUCAGUUAUUGCGCUGACCAACUAGCUCUCUGCUAGCAGUGCUGUCCUUGGUAUGCAUUUUUUUAUGGACAGGGAAGCAGUUCUUUUACCUUGCAAAUCAUGUCAUGCAUUCAUAGAAUCAUAGACUUGGAGGAGACCCCAAGGGCCAUUAAGUCCAACACCCAAUUGCCCAGUCAUUUCCAUUUCCUCAGCAAAUGAGGUUGUUUAGGUGCAGCAACUGUAGAGGAACUAUGUUUUGUUUUGUUUUUUGCUAACAUCACAGAUUAGUCCUUCCCCAGUAUGGCUUUUGACAUUCCUAACAGGAGCCAUAAAAGUGAUACCUAGUAAUGACUCUGGGUACCUCUGUCAGUAAGAGUUGAAUUAUCAUAAGACUUUUGCUUGACUUUGAAGUAAUCUUUCCAUAAAGACUUUCAAUAGCACUCGUAGAGUUUCUCACUAUCCUCUCAAGCAUCUGCUUUUGGCAAAUCCCUGAGAUGAACUCAAGUACCAAAUGGCCAAUGAGCUGUUGCCAUAUGUCAAAUCCUGUGGGUUUAUUGUGAAUUCAUCAGUCUCUUCUUAAACUAGAGGCAGGACCCAUGUUGAAGGCAAAUCGCUAUUGGCUCGCCAUGUCAGCUGGUCUAGUGGGGACUGGCUUCUCAAGAGGCAAGCAUGCAUGGCAUCAUUGGCUUGCCAUCCGCAGCACAUGUCCUCCGCUGAUAACCCUGAAUGGGAGGGUCUCAGUACACGUUCUUUGGUAGGCAGGGCGAAUGCUGAGAGCCUCCAUUGAAAAUCACUGAUGAUGAGCCUGAAAUGCCAUCUUGGUUUCUGAUAAAAAGAAAGCUCAAACGGGGAUGGGGAUCUUUUGCGUGUUAAUGAGAUGCUUCCGUAUAAAGCACUCACUAAAAGUCAAGAUAUGAAUUUCAAGUCAUGCAGUCACCUAAAUUUUCCUAGAGAGUGUGGCUCUCUCAUUGUCUUGAUAAUAUAUAUAUGUAUUUAUGUAUGUAUGUAUGAAAUAUACUGACAAAAUAAUGUAAACUAAUCAAAAUUUUAAAAAGUUAAAUUUACACAAAAAAGUAUUUAUUUUUUGCCGUAUUGCUUUUGUUUCUUUUAGAUCCUUCAAUAUGUGCCCCCCCCCCCCCCCCCCCGGAUAGACUUUUGUUGGUGUCCUUCAGAGCAGUUUGCUUUGUUGGUUAGUUUCAGUGUCAUGGGCAAGGUUCCAAAAGGUGAUGUCAAUCCCACCCCCUUGAAGCCAUAUAUUUUGAUAUUUGAUCCAGAAGGAAAUGUCCUGUGGCAUUUCUCAUCCCCCUCCCCCCAUGUUUAGCAAUCUCCCUGAGCAAGCGAGCAUGUAUGGAUUUUAUUUCAUUGCCGAGUGGUGCAAGGAUUAGUGGUGUACGUAUGUGUGAAAGUGUGCUGAGAGAGACUCAUUUCUGGAGCAUGAGUUUGGCAUCCAAGAGCUGCUGUCGAGACAGGCACUUGGAUAGAGUGGGAGCGUCAGUUUUUGAUGUUAUCACCCAGGCUCUGCAUCCCCAUCCUCAACAGAUGCAGAAAACUGGUGUAGUUUAUUCUUUAUGUUGGUUACAAAUAUUUCCCUCCUUCUGCAAAAUUCAAGCAAGAUGAUUCCCUCCAUCACAUGCAACUGUCUCACCCCGCCAUUAACCAAUUAGAGAAACACUGUGUCUAUAGAUAUAUAAAUAUUAUAAAUAUAUAUAUAUAUAUAUUUUUGAAAGUCUCUAUUUUUCAGACUUCAUUUUUUCACUGCUUUCAAAAAUUGCAAACCCCCCUCAAUAUCUGCUAUCUUGCCACAAAGAGGGGUACAGAAAUAUUAUGGUUCAUUUUUAUUUUGCCAUUAAAAAGAAUUAACCUUGAUAUAAAGCAUCCAGCAAUCACCUAUCGAUAAAUAUUAUCAGGUUAGGCACAUGUAAGUCAACCGACUUAGUGACUUCCAGGUGUGACCAGCUCACAGCUCCUUUACUAACUCACUAGCUGAAGAUGGAAAGUUUAAGGCUCACUCGCUGACUUUUUAAUAAAGGACAAAAACUAAUCACAUUUUGUAACCUGUUGCUUUUCUAGUUUGCAUCCAAGAUGAAAGCUGCAUUUUAGGAGUAAAUGCUACAUUUAUCAUCCCAGAGUUAUUUUGAUCCAGUUCCACAGCUCUUUCAUUGUGUGGUUGUAGAGCCAGGAGUCUAAAAGUGUUGCGUGAGGCAGAUAACCCCAAAGAGCCACCAGCAGUGGUCUAGCAACAAUGAGGGCUCCAUCUAGACUCUCCACUUCCUUUGGGUAUCUUGAUUUAAACCAGAAAGGGGAAGACUUUAUUCACCUGUCCUUUCCUUCCUGCAACAGGGUCCCCAAGCAGGCAUGACACCCAGCAGGCUGGAAUCUCAGCCCAGACCUCUUCUCCAUUUGUUAUGGAUGGCGAGACAGUGCUGGCAAAUGUGGGAAGGCACAUAGUUUAUGAACCUCACCAUAAUUACCCUCACAAUUCCGAGGGGGAUUAAAUUUUCUUGCCUUUUCUUCUCCCUGUCAUCUUUACCAGGAAAGGAGGGAGCGCUGACUGUUAAGACGGGCCCUGUUGUUUAGCCGUGCACCCAUCUAGCUGCUUGUCCAGGAUACAAGUAGCACAACAGGCUGCCUUAUUUAGGGUUUUUUAUUUGGGGGAGAAGGUUGGCUUUCUUUGUUGACUUGCUGUGGCCCAAGGGUCACACACAUACAUACCCAUUCUAGUCUUAUCAAUUUGCCUGCUGCCAGACCCAUAAACCUGAGGAGCUCCUACAAUCUCCUAAAAAACUUGUGCCCUUUGUUUAUUGCCUUUUUUAAAGAGGACAAGAGAAGGCUUUUUUCCCCCAUCUUGAACAGCCUCAUUUCUGAUAUCUGGGACUGAUGUUUAACGUAGAUUUCUCCCAUGUAUGCAAUGUAAUAAUAAUUCUACUCUUUCAAUAGGUGUUAUAUUUUAUACACUUGCACACAAACACGCUCUGUACACAAAGAACUGCAUAAUAUUGCCAAAGAUACCUGUUUGAAAUGCACUUUUCUCUAAGUGUUGGUUGUACAUUUAUUGUAUGUGCCUUUUUCCUUUCCUUUUUUGUUUUUGUUUUGUUUGUCUUGUGCUGUUUUGUUUUUAAACCUUGCUGAUGGUGAUUUAGUGUAUGGUUUUCUCCAGACAGUUUUGAAGCUGUGGCCACCUCUUAACAUUUGGGUGUGGUUAAGUAUCUUUAGAUUUUACUUGAUAAUCUGAGAAACCAAUUCAGCAGUUUUCAGGACAGUUGACAGGAGCAAAGCCAUUCAGACAGCCUUAUUCCCUAAUUUGCUUGCCCAUAACACUUAUUCUUCAAAAAACUGUAGCUGCCCCAGAUUUUCCAUUAACAUUGCUGCUGUUACUUAAGUAUAAUCUCAAAUAAGAGACCAUUUCCGUGCCACAUACAUCUGUCCUCCCAACUCCUCGGAGAUGAAUAUAAAGGAAGCAUUGUAGACAGUGUUUUUUCUGUUGCAGCUCAGCAGAAUUUCAUGCAUUGGCAAAGAUGAUUUGAUGUUCAUUGGCUGCAGAGAUCAGCUCAUUAGGGUAGCGAGGAUUAAACAUCUAACAUAUCCACUUGAUAGUUAUAUCAUUAGACUGCUUUGGUCUAUCACACUCUCUAUUCUUCUCAAACCCAGCCAGUAGAAUAGCCUGUUUCCAGCUGCACUGUAAGCUGGAUGCAUUAAGUCAACGUACAGUCAUCAUAUCAGUUCAUCUUCUGGUGAUCACUAUCUUAUGGUCACCAGUCAUUGGCUCUUGGUCAAUUUAAAGCAACUGUGAUUCAAGCUGGCUUCAGGCUGUUGGUGUGUCUGGAAAUAUUUGGCAAAAUGAUGGUCAGGUUGUAAAUGAACAGAAAUAUAUAGUCUGAUCCAUCCCAGAACAGAUUUCAUGCUUACUUCAUUGCUGCACAUUUUUGGAAUAUAUAAGGCACAAAAUCAAUCUGAAUUGAUCCAUGGUCUGCUGCUCUGUAUCAGUUUCAGCAGUACAAGCAAUCUUGGGGACCCUAUGAGUAUUCUUUGGCAAUCUUAGGUUAAUAGUCAUGGCUGGAUCUGUCUUCUAUGCAUUCAGAAGAGGGUUGUGCUUUUGUUUUUUAAAACAAUGAUAGUACCAGCAUUCAUGCCGUUCGGAGGUCAUAGGAGUCACCAAUGAACCAGACCUCAUUAAAGCAGCUGGGAAGUGGGUCACUGCCUCUUUGUCUUGUGUGGUGGUGUCAUAAAUAUUUUCCCUUUGAAUAUGCUGCUGCUUAAUAGAUCUUCCAACACUGGCUCUCUAGCCUACAGAGCUACCUGGCUCUCUAGCCUACAGAGCUUGACAGUACUACCCACUUCCACUUAUGGCCUGCUCCUCAGUGUGGUUAGAUUUAGUUCUCAAUGUUACACCUCCCGGGAUCUUGCUGAUCUCCAGGGAGGCACCUAGAACAAGGAUCCCCUUUCCCCAUCCUCUACUAGAAGUAGGAACCAAUUUGCGUAUCUUGCUCUUAUAAAGACUGCUUAGUGAGUCUACAGUGAUUUGUUUAAAACAAGUACAUCCAAACUAAAAUAUUUCCAUUGACUUUUCUGCUUCAUUAACUAAGAUCCUCAGAUAAAUUCUGAAUGGGAGAAAAGCAUAACUGAACGAGUUAAUUCUGCCUGUGAGUAAAGGUCUUCUGCAUGGACAUAAAUUCUGCCAUGCAGAGUGAUGAAGCCUAACAUGUUGCUGUUGACUUUAAAAAUCAGUGGUUCCAUUCUUUGUCAUUAUAGCUUUUUAAAGAAUUUUCAGCUGUUCAUCAACACCCACAUUAAAAUGCUUAAUUCCAUAUGGUUCCUCAUUUGUCCAAUGCCCCAUUAUUGCACGAAUUUGCCACUAGCCAGUACAAAAGCCAAUGCAACUCACUAUUCCCAAAACAGCAGGGACUACCAAAAGUGCUUGUAUAUGGUACUUUUAAAAGCAGCAAUUUAAGUAGAGUAUGCGAUGAACUGAUCCUGGCACAGGAAUACCAAGCCCUGUAGAAGGAAAACUUGCAUUUCAUUCCUAAAUGCCUUCCUUGGACCCUUGCACACAAAAUGUUUAGGACUAAUGUGCUGACCUGUUACAAAGAACAGAAGGAAAUUGCUUGAUCAGGAGAAAUCCAAUUGAAAAAAAUCCACUAGACAUCAAUGGAAUUGCCCAAAAGUAAGUAGCUUUCAACAGGGCAGAUUUAACAAUGUUUAUUUAGUAGUAUUUGUAUUGAUUUUAAUGGAAUCCCCCCCUUCCAAAUAUUGGUCAGUAAUAUAGUCAAGAUCCACUGCUGAAUGUUAUUCUGUUUUACUGUGUUGUGACUGCCACUAUUUUUGUUUGUUCAUUUGUUUGUUUUGGGAUGGUUACAGAUUUCUUUGCUGAUCAGUAUUAAUGACUGUUUGGAACAGAACUUUUUGUUUCCCUGCUUGUGUCCUUCCAAUUUUCUUUUUAAAUGUAAAUGUGGAAAUGCAUAUAUGUGAAGAGGAGCAAGAAGGGGAACCGGAAUCAACUCCCUUUCGAUGUAUUUAUAAAGAUGGACUUUUCCUUUAUAUUUUGUAUCUUUGUGCCCAUAACUUUUGUCACUCAUUUAUAAAAGGCAAUUCUAUAUCAUAGGUCAUGUGUGAAUGGACUGUCACAGUCAAGCUUUCCUUACCCUUUGUACAGCUAUCUUGACUCAUUGCAGUUCCUUGUAUGGCUUUAUAAAUGAUAAGAUUUUAAACAGAAUCAAUUAUAUGAAAUAUACCAUUGCUUGAAACGCCCAGCUUGGUGUCUGGAUUGCUGGAAUUGUAUCUUCAAAAUUUAAGGGAGUGAAGGAAUAAAGACUCACUACUUUUUGCACAGGGAAA